UUAUCGGAGUGACGUAAGGUCGGUAAAUCUCCGAAUAUCAUUAUGUAGCUACUAGUCAUUUCAUAAUAGGAUGGAGAAGGGAUUGAAAUCAAGUCACUUACUCGUUAAAGAGAUGAACAAGAACCAGAACAAGAAAAAAGAAAGAGUCAGCAAGUCUAAAGCUAAUGGUGGUUAUAAUAAAGCCACCACCAUUAGUGCUGCAGCAUCAAAGAAGUUUUGCCUAUGUACUGGUUCAUUCAAGUGUCUUAUGCACCGAGCCACUGCUGCAUCUCACACGAGAACAGCAUCAAAGAAGGUUUGCCUAUGUGCACCCGCCACUCACCCUGGCUCAUUCAAGUGUCGCCUUCACCGAGCCACUGCUCCAUCUCACACGAGAAUCGUUUCACCGUUGGCUCAUCACAUAAGUGGCGUCAAAUAUAUAAAGAACUUGAAUCCCUUAAAGCUGGUGGCACCUUCACAAUGUGGCGGAAUCAGAAGUUCUAACAAGGGGAAUGUUCAUGGGAAGCCUAAACUAUCACGAUUCGGCAGGGCUGCUCUUGCUGCUGCUGCAAGUUCUAGUGUACAAAUCCAACCAAUUUCUGCAGCUUUUAGACAAAUGAGUCUCAAUUAGUGAGCCAAAAAAAGCGAGGGAAAAUAGUAAACUCAAGAUCAAGAUUCUGCCUUUUAAAGAAAUUACUUGAUUGAUGAUAACUAGAUCUGAUGAUUGUACAGAUGGAGAAAUAUCCUUUGUAAUUAGAGAUUUAAACAAUAUUAUCUGCAGCCACAGUAAAGCUUUUAGUACUGUGUGGCUUGUUAUCAGAGUUUACAAUGGGAACAUAGAUAUAUAGAGCACUGAUAAGGCUGUUAGCUUGACUGUAAAUAGUCA